AUGAAUUCUGCGGGAAAAGUCACUUUGUUUUUCCUUUUGGUUGCUCUGAUAACACAAGAUUCUUUCUCCUCUAAAGGAGAGGACAGGCUCUUUCGUCGUUUGUUCAGAAGGUACAAUCAGUUCAUUCGUCCGGUGGAGAAUGUGUCUGAUCCAGUCACUGUGGAGUUUGAGGUCUCCAUCUCUCAGUUGGUCAAAGUGGAUGAAGUUAAUCAGAUCAUGGAGACUAACUUGUGGUUGAGACAUAUUUGGAACGACUACAAACUGAAAUGGUCACCGGCUGAGUUCGACGGGAUAGAAUACAUUCGAGUUCCGUCUAAUAAAAUUUGGCGGCCUGACAUCGUGCUUUAUAACAAUGCCGUGGGCGAUUUUUUGGUAGAAGACAAGACCAAAGCUUUGCUGAAGUACGACGGAACCAUCACUUGGGUUCCUCCGGCGAUCUUCAAAAGUUCCUGCCCGAUGGACAUCACCUACUUCCCCUUCGACUACCAGAACUGCUCCAUGAAGUUCGGCUCGUGGACCUACGACAAGGCGAAGAUCGACCUGGUCCUCAUCGGCUCCAAGGUCAACCUCAAGGACUUCUGGGAAAGCGGUGAGUGGGAGAUCAUCGACGCCCCGGGCUACAAGCACGACAUCAAAUACAACUGUUGCGAGGAGAUCUACCCCGACAUCACUUACUCCUUCUACAUUCGCCGCCUCCCUCUUUUCUACACCAUUAACCUCAUCAUACCCUGCUUGCUCAUCUCCUUCCUGACCGUGCUGGUUUUUUACCUUCCGUCCGACUGCGGCGAGAAAGUCACGCUCUGUAUUUCCGUGCUUCUCUCCCUCACCGUGUUCCUGCUGGUCAUCACCGAAACCAUUCCCUCCACGUCCCUGGUCAUUCCUCUCAUCGGCGAGUACCUGCUCUUCACCAUGAUCUUCGUCACCCUCUCCAUCGUCAUCACCGUCUUCGUGUUGAACGUUCAUUACCGCACCCCGAUGACGCACACCAUGCCCAGCUGGGUACGGACCGUCUUCCUCCAAGCCCUGCCCCGGAUUAUGCUCAUGCGACGACCCCUGGACUUGACGGAAGGAGGGAAGGGCGGCCCGGAGAGCGGGGGAUCUUCUUCGUCCAGCGGAGGAAGAGGAGGAGGAGGAGGAGGAGGAGGAGAGGGGAAGAAGAGAAAGAACAGCGGGUCGCAGCAGGGCGCGAUGAACUGCCUGGAGUUCGGGGAGGGCAAAGCGACGCCGGAGGGUAAGAAGGGAUGCCCCUGCCACCCGCUGAAGGAGCCGGCCGAGGUGGAUUGCGGGAAAGUGAGUCGUCAGAUGAGUCCACAGGCCAUAAACACGGUGGUGGCGUUUUCGGUGGUGUCGCCGGAGAUCAAACAGGCCAUCGAAAGUGUUAAAUACAUCGCCGAAAACAUGAGAAGCCGCAACAAAGCAAAAGAGGUGGAGGAUGACUGGAAAUACGUUGCCAUGGUGAUCGAUCGGAUCUUCCUGUGGGUGUUUGUUCUGGUUUGCGUGCUGGGAACUAUGGGACUCUUCCUUCAGCCUCUCAUUGGUUUCCUCUCGUAA